UCGAUUCUGGCCUUUGCUGCCAGCGCUUCUGCCCAUAUGGUCAUGGAGUAUCCUAAGCCAUAUGGACAUCCCAACAACUCGCCACUUGACAACAGUGGCGCAGACUUUCCUUGCAAGGCCACUGGACCCGAAUCGUAUAGCGUCACCGAGAUGAACGUGUGGAAUGCAGGAGAGAGCCGUGAGGUCGAAUUCAAAGGCGGCGCAACUCACGGUGGUGGAAGCUGUCAAUUCUCACUGACGCCUGGUACCGCCCCAACGAAAGAGAGCCAAUGGAAGGUCAUUCACACUGUCCAUGGUGGAUGCCCGGCGAAUACCAAAGGCAACCUUAGCGGCAGUCCCGACAAUAAGGACGGCCUAGCCAAGAUCGCAGUCACUCUCCCGUCCGACCUCCCGCCUGGAGAGUAUACCUUCGCGUGGACCUGGUUCAAUAAAGUCGGCAACCGAGAGAUGUACAUGAACUGCGCACCCAUCCAGGUUGGCGGCGGUGGUGGCAAGGUUGGUACCGCUGACGUCUCUGCGGUUUUGGGCAGCCUCCCGGAUAUGUUUGUGGCCAACAUUCCCCGCGAACAAUGCCACACCUCAGAGUCCGUCGACUUCCAGUUCCCCGACCCCGGUCAGAGCGUUGAGCAAGCUCCGAAUGCCGAGCUGGGCUCCCAGCUUACUGGACCUGGGUGUGCCGCCAUGACCAAACUGGGAGCUGGCAAUGGCCAGCUUGGAACCCCUUCGCAACCCACUGGCUCUCCUGCCCCUCCCGCCGAAUCCAAGGCCCCCACAGUCACCGCUGCUCCGUCUCCCACCGCGAACAAUCCUGGUGGUAUCUUCGCACCCGGCGCCUCUUCAGCCCUUCCCACCGAGAAGCCUGCUCCGACCGCAGUCCCCCCUCCUCCCGCGCCAUCAUCAUCUCCUGCUCCCCCUGCGCUCUCCCCUCCGGCGAACAACACCCCUCCCGCUUCGGGCGAUGCUGUGCCUUGCAAUACCGAUGGCGCUAUUGUGUGCAUUGGCAACAACCAGUUCGGUCUUUGCAACUUCGGCUUCGCCAUCCCCCAGAGCCUGGCCGCUGGCACCGUCUGCUCAAAUGGAGUCAUCUCUGCAGCCGCCCAACGCCGUUCGAUUCGCUUCCCU